CUAUAGCUCCAUCGUCAUCAAGCCUCUGUCUAAUCAUUGUGAGACACUUCUUAGAAAAUAGAAACAUGAGGUCGCUUUGUGCACUGGCUCUCCUAGUUUUGGUCUCCAUCACUGCUCUCGAGGCCAAUGCGCAACAGCGCGGAGGCGUCGGUUCGAUCAUCAGCCUGCCUCUGUUCGAUCAGAUGUUGAAGCACCGCAAUGAUGCUGCUUGCCCCGGAAAAGGGUUCUACACCUACGACGCCUUCAUCGCUGCAGCAAACUCGUUCAGGGGUUUCGGGACGACUGGAGUCGUGGAAACUCGGAAGAGAGAAGUCGCUGCGUUCUUGGGUCAAACUUCGCAUGAAACCAGAGGGGCAGGGCCCAAAUCGCCGGAUGGACCCUUCUCGUGGGGCUACUGCUUCGUGAAGGAGAGGGACCAGAAGGUUUACUGUGAUAACAAACCCGGGUGGCCCUGUGCUCCUGGUCAAAAAUAUUUCGGUCGGGGACCAAUUCAACUUACGUACAACUACAACUAUGGGCAGGCUGGCAAAGCCCUAAAUGUUGACCUGCUCAAGAACCCGGAUGCGGUAGCCACCGACCCCGUACUGACCUUCAAGACAGCCCUGUGGUUCUGGAUGACCCCACAGGCCGCGAAGCCCUCAAGCCACCAAGUGAUCACGGGCCAAUGGAAGCCGACAGGAUCCGACUCGGCCUCCGGAAGGGUUCCGGGCUAUGGCCUCAUCACCAACAUCAUCAACGGCAAGGUUGAGUGUGGCAAAGGACGGAACUCGUUUGUGGAAAGCCGGAUCGGGUUCUACAAGAGAUAUGCCGACAUGUUAAAGGUUGGGUAUGGGAGCAACCUUGACUGCUACAACCAAAGGCCUUAUGCUUGAACCUUUGGCGUUACGUAAAUAAUUAUCGGAGCUUGUAAUCUUCCUGGUAUUAUUAUAAGAAUAAAUCGAGCUCCAAACAUAUACUUUGGGCUAUCAACUGA